AUGGAACACCUCUCGUCCGCGACGGUGAACGCCAUCGUGAAACAGAUUAAAGAUUUACAGAAGAAUCCCGCGGAAGGAAUCACGGUAAAACUGACAGAAUCGAACGUACAAGACGUGUACGCGGAAAUUCGAGGUCCAGAGAACACGCCCUUUGAAAAUGGCGUGUUUAAGAUGAAGUUGGUGCUUCCCGCAGAUUACCCGACGUCGGCGCCGAAAGGGUACUUUUUGACGAAAAUUUUCCACCCGAACAUACGACAACCGUCCGGGGAGAUUUGCGUGAACACGUUGAAACGAGAUUGGAAGCCAGAUUUAGGUUUGCGGCACGUUUUGAUGGUCAUUCGGUGCUUGAUGAUUGAACCGUUUCCAGAGAGCGCGUUGAACGAGGAGGCGGCGAGGAUGUUGUUGGAGGAGUACGACGAGUACUUUGCCCGGGCGAAGAUGUUUACGAAAGUUCACGCGGCGAAAGUGGAAGAGGGGAGCGGUGCGGCGACGGCAACGGCAACGACCGCGAAGAAGAAAGGCAACGUGCUGGAUGCGAAGGAUGGAAACUCGUUGUCGGAAUCCGGGAAGGAAAACGGUAGCAGCGGCAAGGAAGGGAAAGAGGCAUCCGCCGGUGGCGAAAACGCAAACGUCGUCAAGAAAGCAAAGAAGGUGGAUAAGAAGAAGAGUUUGAGACGUUUAUGA